AACUGCCGCUUCGGGAGAGCAGCCCCCUACCAGCACAACACUUAGUGUCAGUCGCCGCCAACCGUUCGCUCAGAGUCAGUUUGAGUCGGCGACGGGAACAGACCGAUAGUCACAUAGAGCUGAAUACGGCUGCAGGUAUAUAUCUUUCGCUAGCGACAGAUAGUUGCAUGGUUAGUGAAACCUCAACACGACGAAUUCCUCCGUCGGCUCGCAUCGCGGCAGAUCUGUGCUACCCGGUUCGCGUCGCAGCACACGCGCGCCAAGCAGCUACAGCCGCAAGCUGAACCGCAACGAUAUCGUGUAGUGCGUACCUUGCCGGAAAUCAUCAGCUGACAAGCUUUUGAUGUCCACUCGUUUUCAUUUCGGUAAUCGAUGACCGUCGAAGAAAGCUAUCGGACUGUUAUUGUCUGACGAGUGAUACUGCUAUUGAGUAUUAACGCAUCUAGUCUGAUUGUGAAGUGCCAGAAUGCCGGUGACACUGAUUCUCUGACGAUGAUGACUUAUCGAGCUAAUCGAUUGUAUCAACAACAGCUACAUUAAAAAGUGCGCAGUAUGUGAUUUUGUGAAAUGAUCAUAGUGUCUAUCGUUCGUCGCUAUUCCUCGUCAAUGAAUGGCAAACAACUAGGAAGAAACCUUUGUGAGCAGUGAUUAAGCAGCAUAACCAGCCGACCGUAUUUUUAAACAGGUGUUAUACGCGUAUUUGGAUCAAGCACGUACUUGGGCUGAAGACUCUGGCAGCGGGGAACAGUGAAAUUGUGAAAGAGGUAAAGCACAGUUUUUUUUUAUCGUCUCUUCUGCCAACAGGCUGGGAUCGAUGACAGUCUUCAUAGUUUUGUUGCUGUAAACUUUACGACAUAAGCUUUUCGUUGCCGCUGCCGGUUGUACUGUCUCCCACGAGAAUUGGCACGUUUUAUACGCGACGGUUUGUUAGUUAGCAAAUGUUAGCUUCACCUCUGACGCCAGCAUCGGUUGAUUAGUAUCAACAAUUGGCCAGAGAAACAGUGAAAGAUACUACAGUUGCAACGAUAGCGACGACACUAGUACUGAAGAUGCUGCUAAUGGGUACGAAUCCAGGCGCGAACCCCACUGCCGCCGGCGCCCCACCGCAGACCAAAAGUGAGGCGCCGUCGCCGGCGGCAUCUGAGCCAGAAGAGCCGGAAGUGACCGUUGACGACGACGACGACUCGAACUCGGUGAAGCCCUCGCCGGCCCCAGUAAAAUCUUCGGCGUUCUCCAUUAGCUCACUGCUGUCGUCGACGAGUCCGACGAAAGCGGACGGUGCUAGUCUCGCGGUAGCUGCUCAGCAACAGGCUGCUGCAGCAGCAGCUGCUCUAUUUCUCAAUGCGGCGGCAGUCAGCGCAACUGCAAGCGCAACUGCCGACCCCGAACAGCAGGCGGCUGCGGCACGACUCUACUGGGAUGCUCAGUUGGCGGCGCUUCGGCCCCAAGCCGCAGGGGCUCUUCAGGCAGCUAGCCUCUUUCCGACAAUGGUGGGUCUUCUUCAACAACAGCCAAGAAAACCAACACCGUGGUAUCCAUGGCUCCAGGGUCAACUCUCGCCAAGGGAUUGUGGCCCUUUUUCGGGUGGGGAGGCGAUCAAACGGGAAGCUUCACCAAGCAGCACGUACCCUCGACCAGAACGCUCGGCUUCUGCAGACAGCGCACGAGCCUCCUCAACUUCAAGUCCACCCAUUCAAACAAGCGGUGGCCAUCAUCUGACGGCUUCCGUAUCUGCAGGCUCUUCUAUGCCACCUAAUUCUACCGCGUCUCCUGGAUCACCUUUAGGUCGGCCUUCAGGCACUAUUUUUCACCAUCCAGGCCUGAGUGCCGUUUCUACGCAUACACACUCAUUGCAUCAGCAUAGCCAUUUAGAUUCGGACUGCGAAGAUGAUGACGUCAAGGACGAUAUGAAGUGUGGAGUAGAUGACAAAAACGCUCAACGCCGCAAAAAAAAGACGCGCACCGUAUUUACGCGCAGCCAGGUAUUUCAGCUCGAGUCGACAUUCGACAUGAAACGCUACUUGUCUAGCAGUGAGCGUGCUGGCCUGGCUGCAUCGCUACACCUAACUGAAACGCAGGUUAAGAUAUGGUUCCAGAAUCGUCGAAAUAAAUGGAAACGACAACUGGCAGCAGAGCUGGAGGCGGCCAAUAUGGCGCAUCAUGCCGCCGCAGCGCAGGCCGCUCAGGGCAUGGUUCGAGUGCCGCUACUCUACCACGAGGGGGCCGCACCGAGUACCGUUUCGAAUGGUGUCAUGCCAACUAGCUCAGCAUCUCCUCCGGGUGCACCCACCUCAGCAGUUACUACAGUUAGCUCAUCCGCGAGUUUAGCACUGACCGAAGCUGCGUCGACUAUUGCUGCCCUUGCACCCGGUCGCACUUCACCCGCACGUUCGACGACCGCCGGGGGUUCACCGCCUCCGACAGGCCAACUAACCGCGCCAUCAACAAUCUCGGCGUUAGGUAGUGCGGCCGCUGCCUUGGCGGCUGGAGCUGCCGCUGCAUACCCUGCGUCCUUGUAUUACCACCAGUUCGCUGCCGCUCAGGCACCGCCGCCGCCGCCGCCACACUCUGAUGGACCAGCCACGCCAGGGAGCCCUCCUACAGCCACCAUUCGGCCUCCGCAACUUCCGGGAAUCGUCUAGAUUUGUUCCACACAACAGAGACAUCAUAUCUGCAGUACUCCAGAAACUAGAACAGCACCGGCAGUAGCAACAACGUCGUGGGCGUGUUACUGAGGUAUCAAGUACAGCAAAAAAACACUGCUGAAUUUUAGCGCGUUACCGCAUACAUAUAAGUAUAGUCUGAAGAGCAGCCGAAGAAACAUAGUCGUCGCAAAGACAACGUAAAUUUAUAGCAAGACGUUCACAGAAUCCGUCUACGAAACCCGGUGCUACCAGGUGGUUCAAUAGCUGCGUGUGUAGCAUUCGAUUAUGUUGAAGGGCUGACGGCUGAAGUACUAUACUAUAUAGCUUAUAGUAUAUUACAGUAUAGUUGAAUGAGCGGAUUUCCACAAAGCCAUUAAACUAAUAGGAUCAGUGGAAUCUGGGCUGAGAUUAAAUACCCGCAAGGGAAAGAAACCUUUGAGACACAUAAAAAAAAUGACAAGGGAAAGCUAUAAAUACUUAUCUUAGACAUCCACUUACAACUGAAGCUCGUUAAGAUUUGUGAGUGGUGCGGGUAGAACUUGUCCGCAAAUUCAGGGUAGCGAGAGAUGCAAUGCACUAGGUAAUUGUCAUUGAAAGGUUCGCCAGCGAAGCAAAGAAUAUCGGAGCGAACACCGAAGACAAAUACGCAAAUUGAUAUACAUAUAUAAACUGGAUACCGAAAACAUAUACUAGAUAGAUAGACUGAUAUAAAUAAGUAUAUAUAUACACUGAGAUGAAACUGUUUAGUUAUCGUCGAUCUCAUUUAAUAGCCGUACAAGCGUAGUUCGCAUCGUGAGCUAGAUGAUAUAUUUACUGAUGCUAAAUGAAAGCGUCUGCAAAGCGAUUCCAGAAUGAAAGCAUUUAUAUAUGAUGGGACCGGCAUAGAGAGGGCAACAAUUCCACUUCAACAAAAACCGGUGAGCAUCUACAGAGUGUGCUCUGGGCUCAAGACCUCAAACCGAUUGUGCGAUGAGCAUAAAUGGGACCGUGGUCAUUCAGGAGAGGCCCAAUGACUUGUGUGCCAAACCGAAUAAUGUCUCCGUGCUAUUUAUUCAACGUGAAUCACUAUUAAAGGAAAGGAAGCAGAAAUGACCGGAUAUCAAUAACGCUUCAUCGUGUAGGUUCGUCAGGCGUGCGGCCAAACUGUUCGACGCGUCACGAAAUGACCAUCGCUGUGACAAAACUGAUACUUACAACGCACGCUAAAAGUUUAGCAUAAACUAUUGAUAAAUCAGAAACAUGUACAGAAAUAGCGAUGAGAAUAAAACACGUGCUAGGUUGAAAAUGGGGUUCGAUCAGAAAGAUGAAUUGACAGGAAACAUUGAGACAGGCAAUGCUG